GCUUUUAAUAAUCUACGAGGCACUGUGAAUUACCCUUUUUUGCAACUUAGUGUUGCGUAAAAGCCAUUUAGAUGUUUGUGUUUAUUUGGGCUUUCGUGUUUGUUUGUUUUUUUUUUGGUAAACUACAAAUAAGAUGGUUAAAGUAAUUGUACUGUUGUUUGUCUGUUUAGCGCUUGCGGCCUUCGCUACAGCUAAACCCUUAAGUCAUGAGGAGUCACCAAAGCCAAUAAACAAUAAUGUUAUUGGGACGCACACGCGACAUAAAAGGUGUUUAAUUGACUUAUUUGAAGGAGUACGACACGCAGUCCGAUCGCUUAUUAAAGAUGUCAGAAUUCUCCACUACGAGCGUCACCGACGAAGACACAGACAAUUUCUGCAAGUUGGCAACGGAAUUAACAACACUAAUCAUAUAAACAACCACUACUACCUUAACUAAGACAUUUUAUUGAUUCCCUAUUUUAUAUUAAUCUCAUUUCACUUAAUUAUGUAUAUUUUGUGUGUAUGAUUAAAACAUUAUUAUGAAA